CAGUCCAUCCUAUUCUCCACCGAAAUCAUAUAUAUGGGUUCCCUCGUUGGAAGCUUUCCAAUUUGUAGACUAGAGAGUAGAGAGGGGAACAACGAAGAUGUGUUGGAGACUACUUUUCUUCUCCUCCUUCGUUAUCUUACUUCCUGUUGCUCCCACGGCUCAGUACUUUUGCUAUCCAACUGGUACCUACUCCAGCAACAGUACGUACAGGGCAAACCUCGUUGGCCUCCUGGCCUCCAUGUAUUCCAACACGGAGAUCGAUUACGGGUUUUACAAUUUCUCCGCCGGAGAAAAUACCGACAAAGUGAAUGCGAUUGCACUUUGUAGAGGAGAUAUUACGCCGGAGUCAUGUCGUAAUUGUAUCAAUUCAACAAGUCAGGCUCUGUUACAGUCUUGUCCCAACCAGACGAAGGCAUUCAUGGGAGACGGUAUGUGUACGCUACGAUACUCAAACAGAACUAUAUUUGGCACCUUGGAAACUGAACAUCCAAUUAUCUUUUCCAAUAUUGAAAACGCCUCGGACGUAGAGAAUUUCAAUCAGGUGCUAGGACAAUUGCUAGACAGGCUAACAAAACGCGCCGCACAAGGGAAAUCUACUCGCAAGUUUGCUCUGGACAGCGAGGCUGCCACAGACUUUGAAACACUAUAUGCACUUGUGGAAUGUACUCCUGAUUUGGACCCCAAUCAAUGCACCAUCUGCCUGAAGAGACUCAUGCAAGAAAUUCCACGAUGUUGUUACGGGAAGCAUGGAGGGAGAUACGUAGCACCUAGUUGUGAUUUAAGAUUCGAGACUGCCCCUUUCUAUGACUUGAACCUUGAGGAAUCAUCGCCACCAGCAUCACCCCCACCACCACAGUCGCUUCCCCCUGCUGAAGGAAACGGAAGUAACUCAACAAGAAUUGUAAUUCUUAUAGUCCUGCCGAUUGUCGCUUCUUUUGUUCUAAUCAUAUGCAUCUGCAUCUUCUAUACAAGAGUGAAGAAAUCAAGGGAGCAACUUCAAAAUGAACCCGUAUAUGAAAUUAGUAGUGCUGAUAAAAGGCUGCAAUUCGAGUAUCGGAUAAUUGAAGUUGCUACAGAGAACUUUUUUGCUCAAAACAAGCUUGGAGAAGGAGGAUUUGGUGCUGUUUAUAAGGGUAUGUUUCCAAGUGGAAAAGAAAUAGCUGUGAAGAGGUUGUCCAUGGGUUCUCAACAAGGAGAUGCAGAAUUUAAGAAUGAGAUCAGGUUAGUGGCUAUGCUUCAACACCGAAAUUUGACAAGGCUUCUAGGAUUUUGCUUGAAAGGGAGAGAACGGCUUCUAGUCUAUGAGCUUGUAAGGAAUUCAAGCCUUGAUAAGUUCAUAUUUGAUCCAAUCAAACGUGCACAAUUGAAUUGGGAAGUGCGUGACAACAUUUACAGCAUUGCUCGAGGACUUCUUUAUCUUCAUCAAGAUUCCCGCCUUCGUAUUAUUCACCGUGAUCUCAAAGCUAGCAACAUUUUAUUAGAUGCAGACAUGAACCCCAAGAUUUCAGAUUUUGGGACGGCAAGAUUAUUUGAAGCAGAUCAAACUCAAGCCAAUACGCACAAAAUUGUGGGGACCUAUGGAUACAUGCCUCCGGAAUAUGCAAUACGCGGACACUUUUCAGUAAAAUCCGAUGUGUUUAGUUUUGGUGUGUUAGUUCUGGAGAUAGUGAGCGGUAAAAAAAUUAAUUCUAUAAUUUGUAAUGGAGAUAAUGAAGUCGGCCUUCUAAGUUAUGCUUGGAGAAAUUGGAGGGAGGGGACAAUUUCAAAUCUUGCAGAUUCCACCAUAAGGAACAGUUGUUCAGAAACUCAAAUAAUGAGAUGCAUCCACAUUGGGCUAUUAUGUGUUCAGGAAAACUUGGCUAACAGACCGAACAUGGCUUCAGUUGUUCUCAUGUUCAAUAGCCAGUCUAUCACUUUACCAGUACCCACAAGACCUGCCUUUCUUAUGCACAGCAACAAUGAUGGAUCGGAUAAAGUACAUAGAAGUAGCUCUGCCCAACCCUCGAUAAAUGAGGCUUCAAUUUCUGAGCUAGAUCCUCGGUAGCAUCUGAUGGAAAUGCCCCCUUUUAACUUAAACCUUUGUGUUUGGAAAUGAAAUGUUACUGAUACAAUAUGCCCUUUCCCCCUUCUUUUUUUUUUUUUCUCUCUCUCUCUCUCUCUUUUUUUUUACUUAAAUGGUAAAUCUGCAAUAAUACAUUGGUUCAUUUCCUUCAUUACAAGUACUA